AAUCAAACGCUAUUGUCGUUCUUGCGAGAUGUUUUGAGACUGACUGGAUCCAAAUUGGGUUGUGCCGAGGGAGGAUGCGGAGCUUGUACCGUUAUGCUUUCCAAAAAGAAUGUGGAUACUGGCAAGAUAAAACACUUUUCGGUCAAUGCAUGUCUCAUGCCCGUGUUGGCUGCCGACGGGUGCCACGUGACAACUGUGGAGGGGAUUGGAACCGUCAAAAACGACAAUUUGCACCCCGUGCAGAAUGCCAUGGUUGAUAUGCACGGAUCACAGUGUGGUUUCUGUACACCCGGAAUAAUUGUGUCGAUCUAUGCUCUCCUGGCCAACAAUCCUACCACCGCAUACCUCGAAGAACAUUUGGAUGGCAAUUUAUGUCGUUGUACCGGAUACCGCCCAAUUUGGGACGCGGCGCGUUCCUUGUGCGACGACGGCGAAGAACUUGUCAAAGGUCCUUGCGGAACAGCGUGCCGCGAAUGCCCGGAACGCGAGGCUUGCGAUCAAGACUGCAACGUCCAAGACAAGGCGACGUCCGCCGACAACAUGUGCUGCUCAUCGUCCAAGGAUAAAAUGAGUACUUACAAGGAGACUUUCCUAACAAACAAGGAUUCUUGGAGAGCGCAACCGAAUGUUAUGUUUCCCAAGGUAUUGAUGGACACAGCCUCGGUCGAAAGUACCCUCUUAACGAAACCACUCAUGAUUGUGGACCGUUCUGAAUAUCACACUGGAGGCACCUGGUUUAAACCUACGACUUUUGCUGGACUUUUGGCACUUUUGCAGGAGUUUGGCGGUACUGGGACAGGAGCUUGCAAAAUUGUGGUUGGAAAUACGGAAGUCGGCAUUGAAACAAGGUUCAAAUACGCGGUCUACCCUCGCUUGAUUAGCCCAUCGGAGUCUAUCAGGGAGUUGUUUGGCUUUGAAGUCUCCGGUGCUAAUCUGAUAAUUGGCUCGUGCUGUCCCUUGAGCACGAUUCAGCAUCAUUGCAAUGCACUCGGCGAGCAAGAUCUCCUCGUCCGCACCGUCAUGCCCAUACACGAUAUGCUUCGCUGGUUUGCUUCGACUCAGAUUCGUAACGUGGCAUGUUUGGGUGGAAAUCUUGUGACAGCGAGUCCGAUCUCGGACAUGAAUCCGAUGUUGGCUAGCAUGGGAGCCAAACUGGUCAUUGCCUCUUUGGACGCAACGGACAAAACGACGAUUUGCCGUCGUUAUGUCGACGUGUCGGACUUUUUUGUCAAGUAUCGUACGGUCGAUCUCAAGCCCACGGAAAUUUUGGAACGCAUCGAAGUUCCUGUUCUUCGGAACCCGUUCGAAUACCUCAAGCCUUUUAAGCAAGCCCGCCGUCGUGAGGACGAUAUAAGUAUCGUGACUUCGGGCAUGCGCCUAAAACUCACAGUUGUGGAUCACGAAUAUAUCAUUGAAGAAGCAUCUCUGGCUUUUGGAGGUAUGGCUCCGACUACCGUUCUGGCGACCGAAACUGUCAAGAUCUUGAUUGGAUCCGCAUUUUGUGCUAAAUCUUUCGAAAGCGCGACGGAAGCCCUCCUCCAGGAGUUGAGUUUACCCGAAGCCGUUCCAGGAGGUCAAGCAGCGUUCCGAAUGACACUUGCUACAUCGUUCUUGUACAAGUUCUUUCUCUCUGUUGUGGCUGAUCUCAAGGCAGACAUAUCCGCUAUACGAGCAAACCCAUCGGCUUACCCCGGAAUGGAAGUAGAUCUUCCCGACCCUCCUUCAGUUGAUACAAUGGAAGAAAGCGGAACGACCACUGUUGUUGGAAAGGCUUCGGCCCACCAAUCUGGUCCUUUGCACUGCACUGGAGAAGCAGCGUACUGCGACGACAUCCCAAUGCCUGCUGGAACGCUGCAGGCAUGUUUGGUGUUGGCAAGGGAGUGUGGGGGAGUGUUUGAAGCCAUGGAUGUUGCAGAAGCUUUAGCUAUUCCUGGAGUUAUAGGUAUUUACAACUACGAUAGUCUCGUCGGGCUUGGUGGUAGCAAUGAGCUAGGACCUAUCAUUCAUGACGAGACGGUCUUUCUUCGUCCCGGUGACAUUGUUCGAACGGUUGGGCAAGUGCUUGGAAUCGCGGUGGCGGAGACUUUGGAAGCAGCCGAGUUCGCCGCGCGUACUGUACAUGUGACUUGUAGUCAGCCGAAAGAAAAAGUUGUUGUUACGGUUGAAGAUGCUAUUGAAACCGGGAGUUUUUACGAAUUUUCCCGUCAUAGUAUGGAACGCGGUGACAUUGCAAUAAUCGACAGCCUUGCGACGAUCGCCGACUCGACGGGCACACCUUCUUUAGGAGAUGUUGUAAAGAUUUCGGGAACAUUCCGAUCCGGAGCUCAAGAACACUUUUAUCUCGAGACUAAUGCGGCAUUGGUAAUUCCUUCCGAGUCGGAUACAAACUUGACGAUAUACGCCUCAACGCAAGCGCCUACCGAAACGCAAGCUUAUUGUGCCUCAGCGACGGGGACGCCAGCUUCGAAGGUUGUUGUCCGUAUGAAACGAAUGGGUGGGGGUUUCGGGGGGAAAGAAACUCGCAGCGUUUUUGCUGCUUGCGCGGCGGCUGUGGCUGCCAAAUGCGCGAGCCGACCCAUUCGCCUUACUUUAUCGCGUGACGUCGAUAUGAAGAUCACGGGUACACGCCAUGUCUUUCUUUCCAAGUACCAUGCUAGCGCCCAGAUCACUGAAAACGGCGCUAAACUGGUAGCCUUUGACGUCAAAUUGUUUGCGAAUGGCGGUAGUAGCUUUGAUUUGUCCGGACCCGUGGUCGAUAGAGCACUGUUUCAUGUGGAUGGUGUCUACAUGUUUCCGAGCUUUCGUGCGGAAGGUGUGCCUUGCAAAACCGUGCAGGCCCCUCAUACUGCGUUCCGUGGCUUUGGAGGUCCCCAAGGAAUGGCUGUUGUUGAGCACGUAAUGGACCACUUGGCACUCGCCACCAAUGUUGAUGCUGAUAAGUUGCGUCGCAUGAAUAUGUAUAACGAUGGUGAAGCCACCCCAUUCGGUAUGAUUGUGGGUGGACAUCAUAGUGGGAACUGGAAUGUUCCCGUCAUGUGGGAUCGUUUGGUACAAGAACUUGACGUUCCUCACCGUCGAGAGCGUAUUGCCCAGUUCAACGCCAAACACAAAUGGUUGAAGCGAGGCUUGUGUCUCAUUCCGACCCGGUUUGGUAUUGCGUUCACAACAAAGUUUAUGAACCAAGGUGGUGCAUUGGUACAUUUGUAUGUCGACGGAACGGUGCUAGUGACGCAUGGAGGGACGGAGAUGGGCCAAGGCCUUCACACGAAGGUUUGUCAGGUCGCCGCACAAUCAUUUGGUAUUCCUCUGAACGACGUCUAUGUAAAUGAUACGAGUACGGAUAAAGUUGCCAACAGCCUACCGACUGCUGCGAGCAUGUCUACGGACACGUACGGAAUGGCUACGCUGGAUGCUUGUCGUCAGAUAUUGAAACGGCUGGAGCCAUUUCGAGAAAAACUUGGCGCCGAUGCUCCGUUGAAAGAUGUAGCCCAUGCUGCGUUUUUUGCCCGCGUCGACUUGACCGCGCACGGUUUCUUUACCGUCGACGACAAGCGUUGUGGUUUCGACUGGAAGAAGGAGAGACCGGAGGGGUUUCCCGACGACAAGCCGGCCAACUCCUGGAGAGGGAAUCCGUUCAACUAUUUUACGCAAGGAGUUGUUUGUACGGAAGUGGAAAUUGACGUGUUGAGUGGGAACCACCGCACUUUGCAAUCCGAUUUACUCGUUGAUGUUGGUGCGAGUAUCAAUCCGGCAAUUGACAUUGGACAGAUUGAGGGUGCAUUUGUCCAGGGCAUGGGUUGGAGUACAAUCGAGGAAGUGACGUACGCUGACGACGAUCAUACCUGGAUCCGUCCUCGUGGCUCAUUGUUUACCUCUGGACCAGGCACGUACAAGAUACCAGCGUUUAACGACGUUCCCGAGACUUUUAACGUGAGUUUGAUGGACAAUGUGGAUAAUCCGUUUGCGGUACACAGUAGCAAGGCCAUUGGCGAGCCUCCUUUCUUUUUGGGAGCAUCGGUAUUUUACGCCAUUAAGGAUGCGGUGACGGCCGCCCGUAGCCAGAACUUGGGCCAAACGUCGUACUUUGAGAUGCGAAUGCCAGCGACUAGUGAACGUAUCCGUAUGUACUGUGCCGAUCCACUGGCGAGUCAGGCAGUGUCG